CUCACUUCCGGUUUCUAUGCAGUUGGCCAGUAUAAUGUUACAUUUCUAGCUGUUUCUGACUAAAUGGGUUACCAUGUGUGAUAUGAGUGGAGCUACAAUGACGUGACGAUAAUAAACCAUAGAUUUAAGUUUGAAAACAUACAUAAAACAUUUGAUAUUGUUCCUUUUUGUCGGUAUAAUGAGCGGUGUUCCUCUGAAGAGACUGUACCCUCAUCUCCCGGUGUUUAUCGUGGAGGAUCACCACGAUGUGGUGUCUCAUAUUUACCGCGCCAUCGCCUCCAGACACCUCCCUCUGAAGAACAUAAAGAUGGUUCAUUUAGACUCCCACCCUGACCUCCUCAUCCCCGUUAACAUGUGUGCAGACACCGUGUUUGAUAAGGACAAACUCUUCAGUGAGUUGAGUAUAGAGAACUGGAUCAUGCCCAUGGUUUACGCUGGUCAUGUGUCGUGUGUGGCUUGGCUCCAUCCGUACUGGGCUCAGCAGAUCAGGGAGGGGGAGCACACAAUGUCUGUGGGGAGAGACUCCUCCACCACCACUAUCAGGGUGACGAGUGUCGACCACUACUUCCUGAGUGAUGGUCUGUACGUGUGUGAGGAGCAGCUGGAGAACCCCAAACCACUCCGACUGAAUGUGGUCAAAGUGAACCCGGUCAGACCAGGCCGACCAGCUCACAGGUCCACUACAGGACAAAACCCAGACCAGGAUUUGGAGACUCCAUUUGUAAAGAGACUGAGAACAGACACCGAUCCAGCCAAUGAGGCAGGCUGCUCUCAGUCCCUCUUUGCCUGUAGGGACCCACUGCAGCCAGGAGGGGGCUGCACUGAGACAGACCUGGUUGCCGGUAGUGAUGAAGAAGAGGGAUCCACCAGUUAUGUAGUGAAGAGUUUAUCGACAAUGUUGGCUGAGACUGAACCGUACGUCCUGGACAUUGAUCUAGAUUUCUUCUCCUGUAAAAACCCCUUUAAAGAGUUAUACACACAGGAGGAGUACGACAUCCUGAAAGAGCUCUACGCCUUUAGAGGACCUGGACCAGAUCCCACUGAGGAGGAGCUGGAUGAGUGUGUGGAUCGUCGUGUUCAUCAGCUGGAGGAUCUGGAGGCAGCGUUUGCUGAUCUGCUGGAGGAUGAUGGCGAGGAGACAGUGUCACGCUGGGCAAAUAACCCAGGAAUGGCCUCAUUAGCUCGAUUGGUUUCCAGUCUAAAGUCCCGGAAUAUCACCCCAGACUAUGAAAUGGUGCAUCAGGCGGGUUUAACCUGUGACUCGGUGGAGCUGCCUCACCACGUCAGCUCUGAGGACGAGAUCGACAGACUCAUCACAGCUGUGCAGCUGUUUCUGAAGGCUCUGCCUAAACCUACACUGGUUACCAUGUCUAGGUCCAGUCUGGAUGAGUACUGCCCAGUAGAGCAGGUGGAUUCAGUCCAGAGCAGAAUGCUGGCAGUACUGGAGGGUCUGUACGGACCGCUGGAGCUGCACAAAGACUAUGAACACAGCAGCACAGAGACUGAAGCCUGCCAGCCUCAGGCCUCCUAACAUAGAAGCACAGAGGAGAGCUCACACGUCACAUGUUGCUACAGCAGAGCUAAAUGAAUACCUCAUGUCCAGCAGAUGGAGCUUCUAUAAGGUGGUUCACCCUGAUGGCUGUGUGAUGUUUUUACAUUCAUGCAUGGAGACGUAGGAGUGAAAACAUGCACUGAAGAAAGCAGAACACUGAGAUUACAGCUGUACAGCACAGCAUGGCUGCUGUCUGUAUACAUACUGUAUUUUUCUCUUAUGAUCUUCUCAUUUCAAACCAUGACUACUGCUGGAGCCGGUCCUAAUAAACAAUGU